AUGAGCAUGAGAUUGGUAGUUGCAUUUCAACCUUCGUAUACUAUGUUCCCACUCAAUAAGCUGCACAGUUUACCAAAAGGUUACCGGUUCAGGAACAUCAGUGACGUUGCCAUUCGUCGGCAGGCUGAGAUCGCGUCGUUCCUCACAUCGCUGUUUUCAACGUCUGAAGAGAUUUCGCACUGUGAUCUGGUCUAUACGUUUUUUCAUUCGUUGUUUCGAGACGAGCAGGCCGCCAUCCACAGCAGCACACCUUCGAUGUCAGAUGUCAUGAUCGACAGCUCUUUGGGCGACAAAAUUUCCGGUGAUCUGAAACUGACGAUUCUUUAUCGAGAAGGUCUCUUGGAGUUGUUCGUCAACCACGCCAGAAACUUGGUACGAAUAAAUGAUAUUUCUCGUUUACUGUAUUUAUUUUAUACUGUUGUUUAGCA